GAGGGGCAGCGCGGCCCCCGCGGCCCGGCCCGCCGCCCGCGGGGCUCUCGGGGAGCGGGAGGGAGGCGAUGGCGGCGGGCCCCGGCGGGGGGGCGGCGGCGGCGGCGGCGGGAGGGCCGGGCUGGCGGUUGCCGGGGCGGGUGCUGGAGCUGGUGUUCUCCUACCUGGAGCUGCGGGAGCUGAGGAGCUGCGCGCUGGUCUGUAAGCUGUGGCACCGCGUCCUGCACGGCGACGAGAACAGCGAGGUGUGGCGCAGCUUGGCGGCCCGCUGCCUGGCCGAGGAGGCCCUGCGCACCGACAUCCUCUGCAACGUGCCCACCUACAAGGGCAAGGUCCGUGCCUUCCACCACGCCUUCAGCACCAACGACUGCUCACGGAACGUCUACAUCAAGAAGAACGGCUUCACGCUGCACCGCAACCCCAUCGCCCAGAGCACGGACGGGGCGCGGACCAAGAUCGGUUUCAGCGAGGGCCGCCACGCCUGGGAGGUCUGGUGGGAGGGCCCGCUGGGCACCGUCGCUGUCAUCGGCAUCGCCACGAAGCGGGCGGCCAUGCAGUGCCAGGGGUACGUGGCCCUGCUGGGGAGCGACGACCAGAGUUGGGGCUGGAACCUGGUGGACAAUAACUUGCUGCAUAACGGGGAGGUGAACGGCAGUUUCCCCCAGUGCAAUAACGCGCCCAAAUACCAGAUAGGUGAAAGGAUUCGAGUUAUCCUGGACAUGGAAGACAAAACAUUAGCAUUUGAGAGGGGCUAUGAGUUCUUGGGAGUUGCCUUCAGAGGACUGCCAAAAGUUUGCCUGUAUCCAGCAGUGUCUGCUGUGUAUGGUAACACAGAAGUGACUUUGGUCUACCUGGGAAAACCUCUGGACGGAUGACGUGGAUGGUUUCAUUGGGACAUCGAGAUGUGGAUGAUUGGGAGGAGAAAUCUGCAUGUUGGUUAGAGGGAAACGUGUAUUAGAGGAAAAACAAAAAGUGUGGGUGUGUGUCCAAGAACCAUCAAGGGAAUCACACGGAGUUUUGAAACGGAGGACCAGCCAUACUUCAGGAAUUGUGUUACAUUUCCUCUUUCUACCAGGCCAGAAAAAUCCUCAGGGUUGCAGUUGGUUGAGUGGGAAGCUGACACAUGCAUGUUGCAACAGAUUUCAUUGCUGAGAUGGCGGUGUGUGACCUCAAAUAUUUAAGAAAGGAUUUGAUAGAAAACUGCUUGAGGAAAUUAACCUGAGAUUUGUAA